AUGGCUUCCUACCUGGGCCGCCUCCUGUUGUACCUCGUUCAGGCCGUCCCCAGAAUUCUCUACUGGCUCAUUACCUUCACCACCAUCACCAUCCCAACCUCGCUAUUUACUCUGUUCUCUAUGAGCCUCACCUUCACAAUGAACUUUACCACUCUCUUAAUAAUUCUAUUACUCGUCGUGUCCACCAUCAGCUGGUUUAUCCGCUAUCGGUUCCUUAAUAUUUACUCUCGACUACCUCCAGAGCCGCAAAGGAAAGAGCCUGAGAUCGAUCUGUUUCCCGACUCACAAGAUGGGGAUUCGAAACCAGGACUGUCGAACUAUCUCGACGAGUUUCUGAGCGCUAUCAAAGUGUUCGGCUACCUCGAGAGGCCCGUCUUUCAUGAACUAACGCGGACGAUGCAAACACGGAAGCUAAUUGCAGGGGAAACACUGCUGCUUGAAGAAGAAAAAGGUUUUUGUCUGGUUGUUGACGGGCUGGUCCAGAUAUUCGUCAAGUCGAUACAAGAAAGACACGUCGAACGCAAUGACUUAUCUACGGAAGAAGUUGUGGAUGAUUCUACUGAGGAGGAUGAAGCCAGUCGUCGCCCAGGCCACCAAGGUUACCAAUUACUUACUGAAGUGAAAAACGGAGCGUCAAUGUCGUCGCUGUUCUCCAUCCUAUCCCUUUUUAGUGAAGACGUAAAAUUGCGCGAGACUGAAGACUCCGGAUCCCGGGCUUCGAGUUCAGGAAAUACAAGCGUUCAGGUGCCCGGUUCGACACCAGUGACGCCCGCCAAUGUGCUGGGCAGCCCAUUAAGGACCAGCUUUGCUGAGCAAAGAGACAUCUCACCACAAGCCAACGGCAGUAUAUUGCCUUCCGUACCGCCAUUAGCGCUGGGCAGUCCCAGUGCCCCGCAACACCUCCUAAAACAUCAUCGGCUUAAAAGGCCAUCAAAGUUCAAGAGGGAAAAGUCAGUGCACCCCGACAUCCUCGCCCGUGCAAUGGUAGAUACCACCAUUGCUAUUAUUCCCGCCAGCGCCUUUCGACGUUUGACCCGGGUUUAUCCAAAAGCUACUGCACACAUCAUACAAGUAAUUCUUACAAGACUUCAACGUGUCACAUUUGCUACCGCGCACUCUUACUUAGGCUUAACUACUGAAGUUCUCAGUAUUGGGAAACAAAUGACUAAGUAUACGUCUUUCGACUUGCCUAAUCACUUGCGUGGUGCCCCUCUUAACCGACUCAAGGACAAGUUUACAAAGGAAAAGGAAAGAUUGGGGCCUGAAGAUGGAACAAAGGGAAUUGCUCUCCACAAUCCUGCCAUUAAUCGGAGACGCAGAUCCAGUAGCUCGCUGAGAAAAGAUGCCGCAUUUCAGGCGAAAAUAGCCGCUGCUCGGAGCAAAGGCGGAAUCUCAAAUUCUUCCCAAUAUGGUGAUCAUGAAUCAUCUGGUGUCAGCCCGGGUGAUUUGUUAUCCACAAUCCAACUUUCGCGGUUCGGACCACGGUACGGUAGUGAGCGUUUGAAUGGACGAAGCAUCUUCUAUGAUGCUGCCUCCGGCUUCAAGAGCCCCGCAGAACAUCCACCCACCCCACUUACCACGGCUGGACGGCCGUUGUUCAAAUUUCCAGCUCAAAACAUUACAUUUCAAAUGGAGGAUGCAAUUGAUGAAGACGCUCUUUUUAGGGAGUCCAUUCUUAGCUGCAUGAUGAAAGCAUUGGGGCUUGUGGGAAGUACUACAGAUUUACUGCGAAAGACGCAUAACUCUGGAGAUGCAUCUCCGCAGCUAGUAUCAUAUGAUUCACGCCGACAAAAGGCAGUUUUCAAUAAUGCGUUUGGCUUCAUGGACCCAUACGAUGGAUUCGGCGAUGGUGAUUCAGAAUCGCUCAUGUCGAUGUCAGCAACCUCUGCUGGAGGCACCUCGUCUAUUCAUAAUCUCAGGUCUGAACUCCAAGACGAAAUUGAAAUUGUCUAUUUUCCCAGAGGAUCUGUGCUUGUUGAACAAGGAGAACGCAACCCAGGUCUAUACUAUGUCAUCGAUGGAUUUUUAGAUGUAGGUAUUCCGAUUAACGAAAAAGGCGAGGACCUUAUAGGCUCAUCUCGCGGAACGACGGCCGACGACUUCUUAUUGCCACUCAGUAGGGUUUCAAGCAAUACCUCAAAAGGACUCUCUCUUACCAAUACCUCAAACCAGAAGAAAAGAAUAUCCAGGCGCUCACUUUACAUGGUGAAACCUGGUGGUAUUGAAGGCUAUAUCGGGUCAAUAACUUCAUAUCGAUCGUUUACAGAUGUCACGGCAAAAACUGAUGUCUACGUCGGUUUUCUCCCCCGCACUGUACUCGAGAGGAUUGCUGAUCGGUAUCCUCUUGUUAUGCUCACAAUGGCAAAACGAUUGACAAACAUUCUCCCGCGUCUUAUUCUACACAUUGACUUUGCUCUUGAGUGGGUUCAAGUUAAUGCUGGCCAGGUGAUACACCAUCAGGGUGACGAGAGCGACGCGAUAUAUAUUGUGCUUAAUGGCCGGUUGCGUUCCGUAUUAGACAAAGGUGACGGCAAAGUUAGUGUUCUUGGCGAAUACGGCCAGGGGGAUAGUGUUGGAGAGUUAGAAGUCAUGACCGAAUCAACGAGACCUGCCACUUUACAUGCUAUUCGCGAUACAGAAUUGGCCAAGUUUCCACGGACUCUUUUUAAUAGCCUUGCUCAAGAGCACCCAGGUAUAACUAUUCAGAUUUCGAAGCUAAUCGCUCAGCGCAUGCGACACAUUAUUGACAACCCACUUGAGAAAGCUUGUGAUAAAAGCCCAUCAGACGGCGCUAAAACGACAACCUCUACUCUCAACCUUCGCACCGUCGCAAUCCUUCCUGUUACUACUGGUAUUCCGGUCAUCGAAUUUGGAAACAGGCUCUUAAAUGCCUUCAACCAGGUCGGGGUUACGAAUGGCGUCACGUCACUACACCAAGCUGACAUCUUGAACCACCUUGGUCGGCAUGCCUUUAGUAAAAUGGGCAAACUUAAGCUCGCACAGUACCUUGCCGAUCUCGAAGAAAGAUAUGGCAUGGUCCUUUAUGUUGCCGACACCAGCGUCAAUGCGCCCUGGACUCAGACAUGUAUUAGCCAAGCAGAUUGUAUUCUCCUUGUCGCUCUAGCCGAAGGGUCUCCCACUAUUGGCGAAUAUGAGCGCUUCCUUCUCGGUAUGAAGACUACCGCCAGAAAAGAACUUGUUCUACUACAUGUUGAACAAUACUCUCCUCCAGGCCUUACAAGGCAAUGGCUACAGAAUCGGAUGUGGAUCAAUGGUGGUCAUCACCACAUUCAGAUGUCAUUUAGACUUACAGCGGAGCCCGUUCACCCCGAAAUUAAACGCCUCGGCGCAGUACUGAAGCAAAGAGUACAGGUAAUCCAAGCGGAAAUACAGAAAUACACUUCUCGCCGGAUUCGGCAAGCGCCGGCAUAUUCAACCUCGACUCCUUUUAAAGGCGACUUUCACCGUCUAGCUCGUCGGCUUUGUGGGAAGUCUGUUGGGCUCGUUCUAGGUGGUGGAGGGGCGAGGGGCAUCGCGCAUAUUGGUGUGAUUAAGGCACUGGAAGAAGCCGGCAUCCCAAUCGAUAUCAUUGGAGGUACGUCCAUUGGCUCAUUUAUCGGCGCAUUAUAUGCAAGGGAUGCAGAUGUUGUACCUGCAUAUGGCCGCGCCAAAAAAUUCGCCGGGCGAAUGGCCAGCAUGUGGAGGUUUGCAUUGGAUCUGACUUACCCGUCCGCCUCGUAUACUACCGGGCACGAAUUCAACCGAGGCAUAUUCAAAGCCUUUGGAAACAGUCACAUUGAGGAUUUCUGGCUCGAGUUCUAUUGCAAUACAACUAAUAUUAGCAAGUCGCGACUCGAAUUUCAUUCCUCAGGCUACGCAUGGCGGUAUGUUCGUGCGUCAAUGUCCCUGGCAGGCCUGCUUCCGCCACUAUGCGAUGAGGGGAAUAUGUUGCUUGACGGUGGAUAUGUCGAUAACCUUACCGUCGCGAGAAUGAAGUCGCUUGGCGCAGAUGUGAUUUUUGCGAUUGACGUUGGUGCUAUCGACGACAACACACCACAGGGAUACGGCGAUUCGCUUUCCGGCUUUUGGGCGUUGGUGAACCGAUGGAAUCCUUUCUCCGCGCUUCCCAACCCUCCCACGCUUUCAGAGAUCCAAGCUCGGCUGGCGUAUGUAUCUUCGGUAGAUGCUCUUGAACGGGCCAAGUCCAUGCCCGGCUGCCUUUACAUGAGACCUCCCGUUGAUGCGUUUGGGACUCUGGAAUUUGGGCGUUUUGAUGAGAUCUACCAGGUUGGGUAUAAGUUUGGUAAGGGGUUCUUGGAGCGCUUGAAGAAUGAAGGCAACUUGCCAAUGCAGGAAGAGACGGAGGAAAAGAAGAAACUGAGACGAACGAUGGCGCCACGACGGGCGAGUAUCUAA